GUCUGGGGCCUGUUUGCCCAAGUUAGUGAUAGGGGCCUGCGGAAACAUGAAGAGGAUAAAUAGCUGUGUGAAGAAUGAAGAGCAUGUCCUGGAGGAGUUGGAAACAGAAGGUGAGAGGCAGCUGAAGAGCCUCCUUCAACAUCAACUUGAUACCUCUGUCUCCAUUCAAGAAUGUGUCUCUAAGAAAGAGAGCUUUGCCCCGGGUACCAUGUACAAGCCCUUUGGGAAGGAAGUAGCCGGGACAAUGACUUUAUCCCAGUUCCAGACACUACAUGAAAAAGACCAGGAAACCACUUCUCUCAGGGAACUAGGGCUCAAUGAAACAGAAAUACUGAUCUGGAAAAGUCAUGUUUCAGGUGAAAAGAGGACAAAGCUGAGGGCCACCCCUGAAGCAAUACAGAAAUGGCUUCAAGAUAUUGAAGAAAGGAUCUCAGAGCGCCAGCGCAUCCUUUGCCUGCCACAGAGGUUUUCAAAGAGCAAACAACUGACCAGGCGAGAAAUGGAAAUUGAAAAGUCUUUAUUUCAGGGAACUGAUCGUCACUCCUUCCUUAAGGCUCUUUAUUACCAAGCAUACCACAAAAAGACAAGUGCAGACAAGUACAUGACCUCAAUGAAGAGGAAGAUAAAAUUAGGCACAAAAGGUAAAUAUCUAGAAGUGGGAUUACUGGGUCAUAUGGUGCUAUACCUGAAGAACCUUAGUCCUCGGGUGAAAGAAAGGGACCUUAUCUCAUUAUUCGCUCGCUUCCAGGAGAAAAAAGGACCACCCAUUCAGUUCCAAAUAAUGACUGGACGCAUGAGAGGGCAGGCUUUCAUCACCUUUCCCAAUAAAGACAUAGCAUGGCAAGCAUUGCAUCAAAUAAAUGGAUAUAAACUUCAUGGGAAAAUAUUGGUGAUAGAGUUUGGAAAGAACAAACAGCAACAGCCAGCUGUCCAGGGUGCUUCCCUUAUAACAUCUGCUACAGAUAGCAGUACAGAAAUCAGUGGUAGCUAG